AUGUACAGUAUAUGGGGAUCAGAUGAGAAAGUCGAGAAAAAGAAAGAUUAUAUGGAAGCAAUUAAGAUCAAAAUUACUGCAGAAGAGGAUUUCUUUUCCAGUUUUCUUAAACUGCCAGAAGCAAAAAAAAACACUUCUCCUUUAACUGCAAGAAAAAUAGGAAAAGUAGCUAAUUAUUAUAUUAUAGAUGUAUUACAUUGCCAGGAGCUUUUGGUAAAGCUAAGACAAAUAAAUGAUUACAAAGAAGUUAUUUCUAUAGCUCAUGUCGACUCACACUAUUAUGCAAAUGGAAUGAAGGGGAUUGAAACGAGAAGACCUAUAAUAGGAUUAGACUUUAUCUCAUUAUAUCCCAGUCUUAUCAUGGCUUACAAUCUCUCUCCAGUUAAAAUAAUACUAACAUAUGGAGAGAGUGUAAGACAUGAUAAUCAAUUCGAAAAGAAGGGCUUAUUUCCUGUUGUAUUAGAGGAUUUAUUCAAUAUGAGAGCAAGCAACUCAAAAUCUCCAAUCUUUCUUCGUGAAUUAGCUGGAGGAAUUACUUUAGUAGGAAAAUAUAACCUUAAUCUUAUCGCAGAAUUCAUAACAAAGAAAGGGUUUAGGAUAAAAUAUGGUGAUACUAAUUCUUUAUAUCUCACCUGUCCAGAUAAGUAUUAUGAAAAAUAUGAUGAAGCCUUCUCUAGAAAAGAUCUUUCUAAAAAAGUAUACUGGACCAAAAUGGUCAAAAUUACUAUGAAUGUGAUGAAAAGCUUGUGUGAUCAAGUAAAUGCUUAUCUUGGGAUAAAAAAUGGCACAUCUUAUCUUAAAAUGACAUAUGAAGAGGUAUUAUUUCCCAUCUACUUUACUGGCAAGAAAAAAUAUUUCGGUGUACCACAUAAAGAAGUGGUCAAUUUUAGGUCAGAUGAUCUCUUUAUGAAAGGAAUUGAUACUGUGAAGCAAGAGAAUUCUGAGCUCUUCAG